AUGAAAGUCUUGACUCCGGAGAUUGCGUGGCACGAGACCCUGCCCAUCUACUCGUGCGACCUUCAGCCCGUCCAACCCUCGACCACGCCGGUCCUCCUCAAAAGCGCCUCGGAACCCCGCCCACCACUUGCCGAACUCCCUAUCUCUGCGGUGAUGGCGGCUGACGAGAAGGCGAGCGCCAAGAAGCAGGUGAAGGCCCCUCCGAGGGUGGAGGGAGCGGGGGAGGCGGAGGAGGAGGAAGCGACAGAGGCAAAGCAGCGCAUCGAGAACGCGGAGGGAGAGUCGUGGACACGUCUAGCUACGGCGGGCGGUGACAAUAUGGUGCGACUGUGGCGCGUAAAUCUCGAUUGGACGCCUCCCAGCUCUGUCACCGUCACCGCCUCCAAGAGGCCCCUACCGAAAGGCAUGCUACAGGGCUGCGACUUGCCUGGUAAAAAGGCCCCAGCUACCGCCGGUGGCAGCGGAGUCAAGGUCUCUGCCGCCGUCUCCGAUGGGCUGGUUUUCUUGGCAACACUGAAGCGACACGAGCGGCUCGUCAACGUUGUCCGAUGGUCACCCUCGGGCAAAUAUCUGGCUUCCGCCGGCGAUGACCAGUUUGUCAUUAUAUGGCACCGUCAGAGGGAGUCGGAAGAGAAGCCGACGCCUCCACCAUUGCCAGGAGACGAGAUGGUUGAACCGCAGUCAAUCGAAACAUGGCUACCUCUGCGCUGCCUUCGCCGCCAUUUGGAAGACAUCUAUGAUCUGUGCUGGUCCCCGGACGAUGAAAACAUCAUUUCGGGCUCAGUCGACCAGUCCGCGAUCAUCUGGCAGCUCGACUUGUCCUCCGACAACACCGCGGGUUCCGGCAAGGCUGUUGUGCUGAGGGACCACAAGCACUACGUCCAGGGCGUCGCAUGGGACCCCCUGGGUGUGUUUGCCGUCUCCAUGUCCUCGGAUCGAACUUGCCGCGUGUACAACGUUUCCACAAAACAGUGUAUCGCGACCAUUUCUAAGGCGGACAAGCACCACUUGUUUCAGGACGACUCGUGGAAGUCCUUUUUCCGACGGCCAGCCAUCAGCCCCGACGGACUGCUUCUCAUCUGCCCCGCGGGCAACCUCGAGACGGCGGUGUUUGCCGGCGACAUGGCCUCGGCAGUGGCGGCCGCCACGAACAAGAGCGCCUCCAUCGCAUCCGACAUCGACGCGGUGAAUGCAAAUGUCACCAUCACUUCAGUGUCCGAUGCAAACGCUGCACUACCUUGUCCUGAUGACGAUUUCCUCUACAUUGUAGCAAUCGCUCCGCAACACGCCGCACACAUCUUCCUCCGAAGCCAGCUAAACAACAAGGGUCCCUGCUUGAGUUUGCCCACGGGUCCGCGUCCCGUGAUCGCGGUGCGCUUCUGCCCUCAGCCCUUCCAGCUGCGCAUGACCAACCCCGAACCCGGCGUGGCGUGCACGAGUCUCUUCCAGUUGCCCUACCGCUGGCUCUUCUGCCUUGUGCUCGAAGAUGGGCUUCUCUUCUUCGACACCCAACAGGCCCAUCCGUUCGCGCAGGUCAGUCAAAUCCACUACCAAGCGCUCAACGAUGCAGCGUGGUCUAGUGACGGGCGUCUGGUGGCAGUCACCUCUACCGACGGCUACUGCUCGCUGAUACACUUCUCAAUUGAGGAACUGGGCACGCCCUACAGAGGAGCGUUGGGUGUGGGAGCCGCUUCUGCGUCAGCGACAACUGCCGCCGAGUCGGUCACUCGUGAGGAUGCUCCGAUUGUUGACGAGGUAACGAAACCGGUAGCGAUGAGCGCCGACCCCAAGAACCCUCAAGUCAAGGUGAUCGGCAUCCUGAAAUCAGAGAGUAGGCGACACAUCUCCUUCCAGCCGGGUACUCAAACCCCAGAGCGCCCGCACACCGCGCUUCCCGUCACCCCAAACACCGGCCGCUUCCUCUCGGAGCCCGUCCAGCCGUCGCCAACGGCCACGCCACCACCAGCUGCCGUCGGAAGUGCAAAGGAGAAGCGUCGAGUUGAGUUCAUUACCUUAUCGUACGACGUGCCAAGCACUCCCACUUUCGGCCAGCAGAAAUCAUCGUUCCCUCCACCACAAGAGACUGACUAG